ACGAAAAUUCGUUGAUAGUUUACAAUUUGUUCUUUUUUUUUUUUCGAUGGCCGAGAUUCUAGAGGAAUUCGAUCAGCCAUCUCCUUUACCAGUAGGAUUUUGCCAACAAAUUCCACUUGAAGAAUAUGAUCAGCACUCAGCAAACACUACGCAGGCUGCUUUGCAUGAAUUGAUGAACCAUCUUGACUCAAACCCGGACGAAUAUUACAAGAUCGUGCGACGAAAGAAAGCAGACAAUCUAAAGUUGCUGCAGUUCAUGAAAGUAAAGAUGAUGAACAAACUACAAGAUGGGUACUUCGAGAAAUACUUUCCCGCUGAACAGUGUCAAGAAGACCUCGAAAAUUUAAAGCGGGAAAUGGCUUCCGCUUAUGACUAUGCACAAGAUGGCAAGAAGACAGGUGUCAGGUUCUCCAGAAGGCUGGCAGAAAAAAGAAAACUUCAAGAUCCUUUGGCCUCAAGCACUCCCAGAAGACCAAUACCAAGUGCCCCCCCACCCCCUCCCCCACCACCACUUCCUGUCAUUAAUAUGUCUGCAACUUCACAGGAGUUGAUUUCUCCAGUCAUCCUAAACACCCCUGGCAGAGUUAAAAAGUCAUAUUUUCCUGGAACACCCUCGGGAACAUUUAGUCAUGAAAGAAGACUCUUGCAGGCAAUAAGGGAUGUCUCACCAAGGAGGAAACUUCAUGACAAAACCUCUGAGCAAACCAAGCCUGCAUCAUCAGAAUACAAAGAGAAUAAUGUCAACAACAAUGCAAGCAUACAGUCAAUGAAAACUUCAGUGAUUGAGCAGAAGGACAUUGCGGCUGCCAGAAAUAGCUUGAAAGCUACUAGAAGUUCUUCGGAUGAUUCUCCCUAUCAACUGUCCAAGGCAAGAAGGAAAGAAAGUGAUGGUGCACAAGAGGAAAACUAUUCUUUGUUCAACAUGGAACUGCUGAAGAAAUUUCAAAAUGCACGCAGUCCAUCAAGCAGUCCAUCUGGCAAUAUAACAGUGGCUGACUCUGGCUUUGAGAGUCCCUAACUCUUCAACUUCCAAAAGUAGUGAACAGUAAUUUCUCCUUAUAAAAUCCACACAUUAUCCAGCAAACAGGUGAUGAAGUACUCAAACUUAUCAGCC